CGUCACCACAACACCGAGGGAAACCGACUUCAAAUCUAAACACUGCAUAUCGUAUCAAAACAAACACCGUACUGAACAUCUAGUGCUACGCCAUCCAAUUUAGCCGAAUCUCUCCAUCAGGCCCGUGUUCCACUUCCAAAAUGUCCCGCCGACCGACGGACCCCGUUCGUCCUCACCCGAGAUUGGGAUGGCCCACCGUUAUCGCCUACGGCGCAUGCGCCGGGCUGCUGGGCGUAGCUGCCAUGACCGCCGCAGAGAAAGUCGAGCAGUUCUUCACUGGGAGACCAAACUCCGAAGUGCCGGGCAAGACCCUCGCGAGACUGAUCAACGCAAAGCCGCAAACCCCACGCGAACUAUGGGGUCUCAAUAUGGCAAUGCACUAUGGCCAAGGCGCCGCCGCAGCCGUCAUCCGGGGCCUUGCAAGCUACUACGGGAUGCGGGGGCCGUUCACCGAUGUCAUGUUUGUCGGGCUGAGGCUGAUGAUCGAUCAGACGCUGGAGAACUGGACUGGCGUUGGGGCGCCUCCUUGGACAUGGCCGGUUGGGGAGCAGGUCGUUGACAUACUGCACAAGACCGUCUUCGCGUUUGUGACGGGCUAUUUUGCGGAUCGCUGGAUUCAGUAGAUUGAGGAGGACGAGUUUGUUAACGACCCUGGCUUGCAAGACGAAUCAAGUAAGAACAUCCAAAAUGCUGAGCAAGUAUGGCAUCAGCAAGCAGCUGCGAAACUAAUGAGCUUUGGGCGUAUCAUAUACAUCUGAUAGGAGGCCAGAGGUUGUACUUGGCGUGUCACUCGAUCGUAAGUAGUUCCGUAUUGGGGGAGUAAUGUCAUGGCAAGGUGUCUCUGCCUACAGGCGAAAGUACUCAAUGUCAAACCUAUUUGAGG